CAGGUGGACCUGCAGACUCCAGGAGAAUGGCAUCUAUUGGAGACUUUGACCCUGUACACACCAGCGUGCCAGCCACUAAGAUCGAGAUCACAGUAUCAUGCAGGAAUCUACUGGACAUGGAUACAUUCUCCAAGUCUGAUCCAGUGGUCGUCUUAUACGUCCAGGGGGUUGGGAACAAAGAAUGGACCGAGUUUGGCCGGACAGAGGUUAUCGACAACACCCUGAGUCCAGAUUUUGUCCGCAAGUUCGUGCUGGAUUAUUUCUUUGAAGAGAAGCAGAAUUUAAGGUUUGACGUGUUCAAUGUGGACUCCCGAAGCUGCAAUAUAUCAAAACACGACUUUCUGGGUCAGGCCUUUUGCACUCUUGGAGAAGUCAUUGGGUCACAGAGGAGCCGACUGGAGAAGCCGCUCACGGGGAUUCCAGGAAAGAAAUGUGGGAACAUAAUCUUAUCUGCCGAAGAGCUCAGCAACUGUCGGGACAUCGUCACUCUGCAGCUGUGCGCUAAUAAGUUGGACAAGAAAGAUUUCUUCGGGAAGUCAGACCCUUUCCUCGUAUUCUACCGCAGUAAUGAGGACGGCACGUUCACAAUUUGCCACAAAACAGAAGUGGUGAAGAACACGUUGAACCCAGUAUGGCAGCCAUUCACUAUCCCUGUGCGAGCGCUGUGCAACGGUGACUAUGACAGGACGGUGAAAGUGGACGUGUAUGACUGGGACAGGGGAGGAAGCCACGACUUCAUCGGGGAAUUUACCACGAGUUACAGAGAGUUAUCCAGAGGACAGAGUCAGUUCAGUGUCUAUGAGGUAUUAAAUCCGAAAAAGAAGUGCAAAAAGAAGAAAUACAUCAACUCCGGAACGGACAGCGCCAUACAUAUGUUUGUGGCUGUGUCUGGAACUGCAGCUCAGUCCCAUUCAUUUGAGUUGCAGUUCCAGGAACAGCCACAACCAAGUGUACGGCGCUGUCCUGGGUAG